GGGGGCACAAACUCAAAGAUCAUUGCAGAAUUUUGAUAUUGGGGGUGAGCGUGAAAGAAUGCCCGAGCCAAUCAUACGUGCAUUUGGUAUUCUCAAAAAGUGUGCUGCCAAGGUGAACAUGGAAUAUGGCCUUGACCGAUCUAUUGGAAAAGCAAUAAUGCAAGCUGCUGAAGAGGUUGCAGAAGGAAAGUUGAAUGACCACUUCCCUUUGGUGGUUUGGCAAACUGGUAGUGGCACUCAAAGUAACAUGAAUGCUAACGAGGUUAUUGCAAAUCGAGCAGCUGAAAUACUUGGCCAUAAGCGCGGUGACAAACAUGUGCAUCCAAAUGACCAUGUAAAUAGAUCGCAAUCUUCAAAUGAUACCUUUCCUACGGUGAUGCAUAUUGCUGCGGCAAUGGAGCUAAAUAAAAGAUUAGUA